AAUAAAACCUAAGCAGGCUUACACAUCCCUUCGAAAAAAGACUGUCGACAUAUUUUAUUUCGCCUGACCCAAACGCCGCCGUCGAACGAAAAACGCGCGCACAGCCGCAAGGACAACAGCUGCAACAACCAGGACAACAGACCAAAAGUACAUACUAUUUACCAGCUGUCGGAAUAACUAAAUCGAAGCUGCGAAAAUGGAUGACUCACGCGAAGAAAGCCAGUUCAUUGUGGACGACGUGAGCAAGACUAUUAAGGAGGCCAUCGAGACGACCAUCGGUGGUAAUGCCUACCAGCACGACAAGGUUAACAACUGGACUGGGCAGGUUGUGGAGAAUUGCCUGACGGUCCUUACCAAGGAGCAGAAGCCUUACAAGUACAUAGUGACUGCCAUGAUCAUGCAGAAGAACGGAGCAGGACUGCACACCGCCAGCUCCUGUUAUUGGAACAACGAUACCGAUGGAUCCUGCACCGUGCGCUGGGAGAAUAAGACCAUGUAUUGCAUUGUCUCGGUAUUCGGACUGGCUGUGUAAAGUUUAGGACUCUGAGGAUUCGGGGCAGGAGGACCGCUGAUUCGGGAGAUCAUCCGGGACUGGAGGUCAUUAAACGCAACUAACUGAUAAGGGGGAGGGAUUAACAAGAUUGCCGUCGUAUACACACCCACACAAUUAAACACGAAAACCACACGCACUUUGGUCGGCCAUCCUGCUUCAAGGACGAAAUUAAGUGGAAUGAAAACAAAUAAAACACUGGAUUAAAAUGAUGUUUUCAAGCAAUUACCAGCAACUAUUCGUUGCCAAAUUACGCGCCUAUAGUUAUUCUUGAUUUUCAACCUAAAAAGUAAAUAAAAAAUGUAAAAAUAAUAAGUUAAAA